CUCCCGGUCUCUCUCAAAUCACAAACGCAAGAUCGGGGAAUCAAACCCGAGCAAAGCCAUACCGUGGUAGCCAUGGAUCCGACCAGCGCCGCGGCUCGCCGGAGCUCAGAGGACGAGGCGGCGGCCUUCUUCCGCGCCGCGCCGCCCCUCCGCGAACGCGACGCCGUCGCCGCCACCCUCGCCGGCUUCGUCGCCCGCCACUCCCGCUCCGCAGGGACCGGAGUAGGGCCCGCGGGGGUGGUCUGCGUCACCUCCGGCGGCACCACGGUGCCCCUGGAGCAGCGGUGCGUGCGCUACAUCGACAACUUCAGCUCCGGCCAGCGAGGGGCCGCGUCCACCGAGUAUUUUCUCAAGGCUGGUUACGCCGUCAUCUUCAUCCAUCGCCGUGGGAGCAAGCAGCCUUACUGUAGAUUUCUUCCAGAGGAUUCGUUUCUUGAUCUUUUUGAGCUUGGUGAAGAAUCAGAGAUCCAAGUCCCAGAAUCUCAUAGCACGGUGGUCAAAACAGCGAUUAGCAGUUAUCGCAAGGCAAUUGAUGAAGGUCUACUUCUGAAACUUCCUUUCACUACAAUUUUUGAGUACCUUCAGCUACUGCAAUUGGUAUCAACUUCCAUGAAUUGCUUGGGACACCACGGAAUGUUUUAUCUUGCUGCUGCAGUUUCUGACUUCUACGUUCCAUGGGAGAGCAUGGCUAAACAUAAAAUCGAAUCAGCAGGUGGCCCUUUGAACAUGCAACUCAGUCAAGUUCCUAAGAUGCUUUUCAUCCUCAGGAACCAUUGGGCACCUUCAGCAUUUUGUGUAUCCUUCAAGCUCGAGACAGAUCCGGACAUCCUUCUGCAUAAAGCAGAGAUGGCCUUGAGAAAGUACGGUAUGAAUGUCGUGGUGGCGAACGAGCUAGCGAACUACAAAGACGUGGUUGUCAUGGUCACAAGUAGCGGGAAGACAACUGUUAGCAGGCAGAGCAAGGCAGACGACCUUGAGGAGCAGCUCAUAGGUCUCCUGGUAAAGAUGCACUCGAAUCACAUUACGCGGCCCAAUCCAGACCAAGAAACAUGAGACGUUUUACUGAGAUGAGAAAGUGUCUGCUGGACGACUGAUGGUCAUGGCACGGAAUAAGUAAGCAAUGUGACCUGCAAGAACAUGAUGGAUCCUUAACAUCCUGCCCUAUUGUAAAUGGUGCUACAAAGAUAUACUAUCUGUUUAGGUGCA